AGUUUCUCAGCGCUGUCAGUAAUUUUGAAACACAGCUGAACCCAGUCUUCAUUGCACUUGAUUUGUACGACGUUUACCCUUUUGCGAAAAACGUUUAUAAACACCGUAAUUAUGCUUUUGCAAGGGCUUGCAAACGGCGCGCGAUAAGAAAUAUAAAUCAUCCGACGAAACAAACGCCAUUUUAUUGACAUUUACAUGAAAAGUGAAAGAAAAUACAUGUGGAUUUCCUAACGUCUGUAUACCUUUACUUUGUGUUUAUUUUUUUUAAGUAUUAUACAUAUUAAGAUGGAAGCAACAUCGGUCGAAGUAACGGAGGAAAGUUGCGAGAAACCAGUUCAAGCUAGUCCUUCGAUACAAGUAGUCCGAGUUCCAGUGAAACAUGCCAAUUUGGGAAUACGAAGUCACGCCAUGGACAUGAGCACAAUGGUAGAACUUACAUCAUUUAGUACACUCGGAAAAAUACAGCCAUUUUUGGUGACUGUAACAAGUACUGCGGCCCUAUUAGUAGAUUUGCACUGCCAUUUAACAGAUAAGGAAGUUUGUGGCUACUUGGGUGGUCAUUGGGACAUAAAUUCACACAAUCUUUCCAUAACGUGUGCAUUUCCAUGUCGUUAUUCUGGUAAGGAUAAAUCAGCCGCAGCAGCUGUGGAAGCUGAAAUUGGGAGAGCUAUGGAAUGGAAACAUGUUACACUAGUAGGAUGGUAUCAUUCUCAUCCACGUUCCCAUGCAUCACCUUCAUUGAGAGAUGUGGACUCUCAACUGGACUAUCAAAUCAAAAUGAAGGGUCCUAGUGACAAUGGGUAUAUACCAUGUGUAGGGUUAAUAUGCUCUCCAUACAACAUGGAUGGCAACUGUUAUGAGUCAAAUUUCAAUGUCUUCUGGUCCUUGCCUCCACCUGAGAACAGACCCCAUGAGUAUCCCCGACCCAUGCUUCUUAGUUACACAUUAUCGCAGGAGCAUUUUCUCUCUCAAGAUACGUUGGAAGAGAUUAGAAGAUGCAUAGAAUAUUAUAAGAGUGAAGGUGGCAUCGACUUUACCGCCAACUUUAAUAACAAUACAACAUACCUAGAACGUUUAAGAUGCUCCCUAGCAUCAAAAUUACCCGGUCGAAAUCGAUCAAAUGGCUCGUACUGGGAUGUGAUUAGGGAAAUGAUUUGCCCAGGCUCUGAAGAUGGUACACACGAAUUUUUGGCAAUGAAGUUCCCUCUGGUACCCGCCUCAGAAUCGCUCGGACCUCCUGUUCCACCGGGCGUUAAUCUCACUGCCGGUAAUGCGGCCGUUUUCCUCACUCCUGUCAACUUCAAACCAGACGCCGCUAUAAUUACCCCCUCGUCCAAGUCGUUUGUACUACAACCGUCAACUUCCCGGGACGGCAUCAAAAAGGACAACAGUAUUUGUUCCAAUGACGCUGCGUCUAUCACUCAGAUCAAGGAUGGAAGUUCUGCAAAUUCUAAGCACAUGUCGCCGGCGGAAAUUAUACCGAGUUUCCAUUCCGGUGAACUUACGGUAUCGGUAAAGAAUGCUAAGUGUGACUACGAUUUUGCAUCGGCAGACUUCACAAAAAUGUCGAACCCUCUGACUGGUGACAGCAGCGCUGCCACCAAGGCUCGAACAUCGGCAAACUCCGAUUUUCCAUUAGCCGACAUCACUCAACAGAUUACCAAAUUUUCCGAUUUGACAAAAUUGGCCAAUUUUUCCACUGCCGACUUAGCAAAGCUCUCCGGCUUCUCCAUCACGGACUUUACGCGUACUUCCUCGCCGUCCCCAUCUACGUAUAUGCGCAACAUCGCGAAUUUGUUCGGUCCUCUCGGCAAGAUCUCACCGGCUAAAGACGUGGAGACUGUUAACGAACGUAAAUCAGCCGAUUUUGUCACGGUCGAUGCGCUUCCGUCGUCCUUCAAAGCCGCCGGUACAUCGGAGCUUUGCCGAAAUUUUCCUGUAAAUACUGAGGAUUAUACGAACGAUCGGAAGAAAUUAGAUACACAGACAGAUACUGCCAAGAUUAGCCGAUUGAGCGAGUAUCAAGGAACAGAAGAUUUGAUUUCGAAUGUCAAGCCUGAUUUUGGUGGCAUGCUGGAUAUGACGACAGUACAUAAGAAACAACAGCCGUCGCAAUCUGCUGACAUGGAAGAUUCCUUAAACCUUUCCAAAGAUCGUUAAAAUUCGUCAAAAAUUACGAUAUAUGGUUACAAUUGCAGCCUUUCAUUGUAUCGAGAGACGUUGCGUCAUUUAAGUUUAAAUAUGUACAUGUUCGACGAGCCAUUAUUGCAGGAUUAGCAUUCUAUGUCGGUCAAAUGCGAUGAAGUAUAAUAUAAUUACUGCGUGAAUAUUUUAAAAUUUAUGAUUCUGCAAACUUUGAAAACUUGCAAAACUUGGCAAGAUUAUACUGUUCGUUGUAUGUAUUUAUUGUAUUGUAAUUGUAAAGUAAAUCAUAUAUAUAAUCAGGCAUAAGUUGUGCUCGUCUAAUAAACCGGCGUUACAGGGGAAAUUCUUUGGCAAGCCCGUCACCAAAUUCUUAUCACUGCUUAACGCCACGCUCAAGCAUUUGCGAAACAAAAAAGAAUUUAAAAUUUCUGAUGUACCAAAUAGUAGAAGCGAGUUGCCAACGAACAGCCGUAGCCGAGGCCGUGAAGCGACGGAUUUGAAAGCUGCGUAUUGCUAGUUCCAAUCUUACUUUUUUCUUCAUUCUUUUUUCAUUUCCAUUUACAUGAAUGUACGGUCGUGCACAUAAAGAUUGUCACUUUU